CUCAGAUCCGAUCGUUGGCCGCCAUCUGCGAAGCUUUUAUCCCCCCGAUUUCUCCUCAUCCGGACCUGAAAUCGAACCCGAACCAAGCUGUUCGUUCGUUCUACUCUGCUUCUGGAUCUCAGUAUCCUAUUCCUCAAGAGCGGCGGACGAUUAAUCAUGCAUCAUGUGAUGGAGUUGAUAGCUGAAAGACAAGGGGUACAUGCACAAAUCGGCCUUUGUCCCAGUGUUAUGCGCCUCAUGUCCAAGGCUUGAUACAAAACUAGUAUCGAGCCGGGGUCUCACUGGAAGCAGUCUCUCUAUUCUUAUGAGUUAGAGGUUGCAGAGAGAAUGAUGAAGAGAUACCCAGCAGAUCCAGUGUUCUUCCUGAGAGUUAUUCUGAUAUUACUAUCCACAAAAUUGGGAACCCUUUUGAUAUGUGGAUUUAUUUGUUUGGACACCAAAUGGCCAUUUAUUCAUAGUUUUUCUGAUUUGGAUGUUAACAAGAGAGAAAAGAUUCUUCAAAGAUGGUCAAAUACUCACAAAUCUCUUAUUCCAAUGAGGAUUGUGUUUGUGAUGGUCAAGCUUAUGUGCUUCUUCAUCUUCUUCUCUUUGACUAAUGAAAAUUCAGAAAAUCCUUCAUGGGAAGCGAUCGGGUACGAUGGCAAACGGCCGAAUGAUGGUCCGGUUAAGCCACGAAAAGAGAGACCGCUCGAUAAAGGCGUUGUGGAGACAGAGAAAGAAAGUGAUGCAACAUUCAUGGAGUUGGUGAAAAGCAAAGGUCUUGAAGUUAAAGAUAGUGAAGACGGGUUUUAUGACAUCGAAUGUGAUGUUGUGAUCGUUGGUUCUGGUUGUGGCGGUGGUGUUGCGGCUGCGGUUCUUGCUAGUGCGGGCCACAAGGUGGUGGUGGUCGAAAAAGGUCAUUACUAUGUUCCCGAGGAUUACUCGCUUCUCGAAGGGCCAUCGAUGAAUGAAUUAUACGAAAACGGUGGAUUACUUUCGACUUUAGACGGGAAGAUUACGAUUUUUGCUGGAUCGACUGUUGGUGGCGGCUCCGCGGUGAAUUGGUCCGCUGCCAUCAAGACACCGGAUGACGUUCUUGAUGAAUGGGCUGUGGAAAAAAAGAUUCCUAUGUUUGGGACCUUGGAUUAUCGAUCAGCGAUGGAAGUUGUGUGCGAAAGGAUCGGUGUUACGCAAAACUGUAAAGAAGAAGGAUUUCAGAACAAUGUACUUCGGCGAGGGUGUGAGAAUCUCGGGUUAAUGGUGGAGACGAUUCCACAAAACGCGUCGGAAAAUCAUUACUGCGGUUCGUGUUGUUACGGUUGUAAAACCGGGGAUAAAAAAGGGACCGAUUCUACUUGGCUUGUGGACGCAGUCGAAAACCGAGCUGUGAUCUUCACCGGUUGCAAAGCAGAGAGAUUCGUAUUCGAAGAAAAAGACAGUCGAAAAAGAUGUCGGGGCGUGCUUGCCACCGCAGAAAGUAGUACCAUCACAAGAAAACUCCGGAUCAGAGCGCGAGUGACUGUUUCCGCCGCCGGAUCCCUCUUGACCCCACCAUUGAUGCUUUCUAGCGGGCUCACGAACCGCCACAUCGGUCGAAACUUACACGUUCACCCCGUUUUACUCGCGUGGGGAUAUUUCCCACCGGUUCCAGGAACACCGAGCGGGAAGUGCUACGAGGGGGGAAUCAUCACUUCCCUUCAUAAAGUUAAAUCAGCCGGAGAACAAUCGAACCAUGCAAUAGUAGAAGCCGCCUCUAUGGGACCCGCAUCAUUCGCGGCAAUGUUUCCAUGGGUCUCUGGUGCUGACAUGAAGAACGAUUUGCUCAAAUACCCGAGAAUCACAAAACUUUUCUCAUUAGUUCGAGAUCAAAGCUCCGGCCAAGUUCGAGAGGAGGGGAAAAUCACCUACAGGCUAAACGACAUCGAUAAAGAGAAUCUGAGAGUCGGUUUACGACAAGCGUUGAGGAUUCUAGUUGCCGCCGGAGCUGAAGAAGUCGGAACAUUCAGAAACGACGGCCAACGGAUAAAAAGCAAAGGCAUCAAAAGUUCGGAUUUGGAAGAGUUUCUUGACACGGUGACAGCCCCUGGCGGACCGAAAUCAAGAGUCGAAAAGUGGACGGUAUAUUGCUCGGCGCAUCAGAUGGGGAGCUGUAGAAUGGGAUGCAACGAAGACGAAGGCGGCGUGGAUGGAAACGGAGAGAGCUGGGAAGCAAAAGGGUUGUUCGUCUGCGAUGGUAGUUUACUACCGACGGCUCUCGGGGUAAAUCCGAUGAUCACUAUAGAAUCGACGGCGUAUUGUGUAUCGAAGAAAAUAUGUCAGGCAUUGGAGAAAGGGAAGUUUUCCGAUUAAUCGGAAAUCGCAGGUUUUGUAAUCAUUGUACUAAUUGUAUUAAUACAUGAAAUUAUAUAAAUAAAUAAAAUAAUUAAUCCGGACGUUUUACAGUGUAAA